CGCGCGCCGGCUCGGUUUCGAAGUUCGUCGCCGGCCGAGGGAAACGGGAGUCGGCCGAGCUCGCGCGAGCUGCUGCGCGGUCGCGCGCGAUUUACCGGAGAUCUCCGCCGAGGGGUCGCGAGUGCGCGAGUCAGCGGGUCGGGCCAUGAGCGCCGGCCGGGCCAACGGGGAGAACCGCGCGAGGAAUGGCCACGUGCUGGUGUGGGAGCAGCCCGGCCUCGACGAGCCGGACCGGCCGCGCCAGGAACGCAAGGGUCUGGUGGGGGCACGUCACGUAGUGACGUUCAUGCUGUUCCUCGGGAUGGCGAACGCGUACGUGAUGAGGACCAACAUGUCGGUGGCGAUCGUGGCGAUGGUCAACCACACGGCCGUCACCUCCGAGGACGCCUACACGAACGAGUGCGGCGUCGACGAGCCCAACGGCACCAACCACUUCGUCGACCCGAGCAGCGAUGGCGAGUUCCCGUGGGACUCCACACAGCAGGGAUAUCUCCUUAGCUCGUUCUUUUACGGAUACGUGAUAACGCAGAUCCCCUUCGGGAUCCUGGCGAAGCGAUACGGCUCCAAGUACUUCUUGGGCGUGGGGAUGCUCAUUAACUCCGUCUUCGGCCUCCUGGUGCCGCUCUCGGCGCGCUGGGGCUUCCUCUGGCUCCUCCUCGUGCGCUUCAUCCAAGGAUUGGGAGAGGGUCCCAUCGUGCCUUGCACGCACGCCAUGUUGGCCAAGUGGAUCCCGCCGAACGAGCGCAGCAGGAUGGGCGCCUUCGUCUAUGCCGGGGCCCAGUUCGGGACCGUCAUCUCCAUGCCGCUGAGCGGCCUCCUCUCGGAGUACGGAUUCUCGGGCGGCUGGCCGUCCAUCUUCUACGUCUUCGGGGCUGUCGGCAGCGUCUGGUGCGUCGCCUUCCUCUUCAUGGUCCAUGAGGACCCGGAGCAGCAUCCCAGGAUCGCCGAGGACGAGAAGAAGUAUAUCCUGAGUUCCUUGUGGGGCUCCGCUGGUGCCUCGUCCCCUCCGGUGCCAUGGAAGUCCAUCGUGACGUCGUUACCAUUUUGGGCGAUUCUCAUAGCGCAUAUGGGACAGAAUUACGGCUAUGAGACUCUGAUGACCGAGCUGCCGACGUUCAUGAAGCAAGUCCUUCACUUCAACAUCAAGUCGAACGGCACCGUCUCGGCGCUGCCGUACCUCGCCAUGUGGAUCUUCUCGAUGCUGAUCUCGCACGUGGCGGACUGGAUGAUCUCCAGCGGGAAGUUUAACCACACCAUCACCAGGAAGAUCAUCAACAGCAUCGGCCAGUACGGGCCGGCGAUCGCCCUGGUGGCGGCCUCGUACACGGGCUGCGACCCCUGGUUGACGAUCACCCUGCUGACCAUCGGCGUGGGCCUCAACGGGGGGAUCUACUCCGGCUUCAAGGUCAACCACCUGGACGUCUCCCCCAGGUUCGCCGGAGUCCUCAUGUCCCUAACCAACUGCCUGGCCAACCUGGCCGGCUUGCUGGCGCCGAUCACCGCGGGCCACAUUAUCAAUGAUAAGCCGACGCAGGCGCGAUGGAGGAUCGUCUUCGUCAUCUCGGCGGCGGUCUACGUCUUCUGCGCGACCUUCUACAUCAUCUUCGGGACGGGCGAGAGGCAGGCGUGGGACAACCCGGACAAGGACGAGGAGCAGAAGGAGAAGAGGGACCUCGAGAGGGCGAAGACGGUCGUCGAGACGCAGCACUGACGAAUCGGGCCACUCGUCGAUCGCCCGGAAGCCAGGCGAACGCUUCGCGCACAUUCAUUCCCUCCAAACUGCCCGAAGAGAUCACGAAGACGAGCCACUUCCGGUCCGGAUCGACUCGUUUGGGGUUUUGCAGGAUGCAGAAGCACAAUUUAGACGCUACGCGUAACUGGAUGAAGCAUUUUCCCUGCGCAGGCGCACCGUCGAACCUCCACUUAACCCUGAAGACCUCUCGCUAACCUGUAAUGCUCCAAUAUUGCUCAUAUUGGUAAAUUAGAGUAGGACCGAUUUUCAAACGGUCGAUUAUCUUCAAGGAAUCGAUUCGCGCCAACGAAAUCGAUCGUUUUGGUGGAAGCAAACGUUCCUAGCUUCGUGGAAUGGCGCAUAGCCUGGUCGCCUUCUGCGCAUGCGCCAAAAUCAAGUCACUACGCUGAAGUGUAUCACUUCACGCUGUCUGAAACCCACGAAGUAGUAUAAGGAGAUUCAACGUCAUAUAUUGAAAUCGUUUUCAUUUUAGGGGUCCGGGAUCUUCAGAGCCGAGAGCGCCUCUUUGUUAAAAUGUCGCAAUUAACAAUUAUAGUCGGCUAGCGGGUCCGCUAGUCUUUAUCGCGUUAAAAACAUCACAUUCUGUAUGUCAUACGUGGAUUAUUGUUUCACUUUGCGCACCAAAAUUGCAAAAUUAAAAGCAUUUUGGGUCAUUUACGUCGAUAGGAAAUGUUUUAGUUAGGUAUGAUUGGAGUUUUCUCAAUUUCCGCAAGGAGCGCUCGCAUCGUUUGAUCAGCGAAAAUCAGAUUCUGGCAUGGUUCCACUUUUUGUAGAACCGACCAUAGGCGUUAUGUCUCCUUAUACUACUUCAUGCUAAAACCAAUUUAAUUAUUAAGUUGGCAGUAUUCACGGCCCAUCAAGAGAAGAAUUGAGUCUACAACAGUGAUAUACGAUAAUACGUUAUCAAACUCGUAAAUGAUUGAGGUAUAACUUUUAUAUCAAUGAUUGAACGAAACUCCACUCUUCUACUUUCUAUCGUGGCCAGAUUUCCUUUGUUUUCAAGUAACAUUGGCAAUAUGGGAGCAUUAUACAAGCGAUAAUGAACAAAAUAAAAUGGGCUUCAGUUUUAUCCCCAAUGUCUGGAAAAUUGGGAGACAUUGUAUGUUACAUUUAUGUGAGUUUAUGUUCAUAAACAUUCAUCAGCAGAAGUAAGGAGGAAAAGCGAUGUCCAUUUUGUUCAUAACUGUGCAAAGAUAUUAGGUCACGUUUUGGCCGCGUGAUUUUCGUUCGUAGAACUAGCAGUCACGUUUCUAUUUUCGAUAGUUGAGCAAUUAUCGCGUCAACUAAAUUUGGAUCCCCUCCGCUAUCGUAUACAUAGAUUUGGAAACUCCUUUAAAUUUUCGGGAUAGUGGUUAUUGACUUCUUGAUAUUUUUACUUCUUAAAAAUGCCACCGCGAGGCGCUGUGGUAGGGCAAGAGUCUGUCAAACAUAACCUUAAAAGAUCAUCUUCUGUACAUGAAAACUAUGAAUCGCCUUUUGCUCUUGACAUUUUUAAACCUGUAUAUAAUUACAAUUGUAAUUUGGUACAGGUUUUGAAACUUUCUCUUGUGAAGGUUAGUUUAUCGAUAUAAUUUUUACUUCCUAAAGCUGCCACCUUUCGGUGAUGCGAUAAAGUAAGACGAUAUCAAAUAUAACCUCGAAGCAGUGCUGCCAACUUCAGUUUUGUUUACUUUAGUACAGUCAGAUUAAAAUAAUAAUACAAAAUAAAAACUGCAAAUAUUCAAAUAUGUAAAUAAAAAAUUUUUGUUGGCUUUGAGAGCGUUUCCACCACCUAGUUCGGUUGGCGCACUGCCUCGAAGGAACAUCUUCUCGGUAUAAAUGCAAAAGAGACGGAGAACGGCAAUGUAUUCCUAUCUUUAUUUCACGUACCUUGCCCUACUCUGUUCACUCUAGUAGUAAGAAAUUAUGUGAAACUCGAAAAAAAAAAAAUUGAAUCGCCCCUCACCGUAGAAGUUUCCACAUCUGUGUGUACGACUGUGUGUAAUGGAUUCUUUAAGACACUCCAGCGCCAUCUGGCCAUUGGCUCUAUAUUAUAAUUAUAAUUUACAGGUUACAAUGCUUCAUCCGUGUAUACGUAGAGGUUAAGACUCUUCUUCGUCGACGAGUGCGCGCUUUUCUCGCCCACGUAGUCCUUCAUUCCCCGAUGCCCUCUGCCAAGGUCGCCACACAAGUUACGAUAAAUCGUAGCGAUUUGUAUUCCGUGCAAAAUGAACUCUCUAACCCAGUUUAUUGUCCAGGCUAAGACAAACUGAUAUCCCGUGAAAUUCUCAAAUGCUCUCACCUUCUGAUAUUAACGGUUUGUUUGUGGAUUUACAAUUUACAAUAAUACAUUAUUAGAUUGUAAAUUUGUAAAGAAGUACAUUAAGUUCUGCCGCAAGAGUGGAAUAAGGUUUAAGAGAUAUACGGGGAAGGGGUUCCAAGGUCGAGUAGGGUUAUUGAGAAUUAAAUCGAGUUCUUUUGUUUGCACAUAUUUAUCGCAGCGAUUUAUCGUUACGCGUGUGGCCACCUUUAGUCGCUCCCGUAUUUAUAUGUCACGUGAUGAUUCGCUGCGACACGGUGGACGAUGCCAGCUGUGCCUUCUUUCGCCAGUUGCUUCGACCCUCUGUUUUACCGACCGGUUUCCAUUAACUGCAGUUGCAAAUAUUCAAUAAUCUUAUAGAAACACUUAAUCGUGGGGUUGUUCGACCAUGAUUACGUUCUGGAAAGUAAUUCCGAGGUUUCCAUAAAAGUCCAGAUUGGCACGCGAUGCUUACUAAGUACGAUAAAGGUCGAUUUACCUUAACAAACCAAGAUGGAGUAUAAAAAAGAGAUCGCUAUUAUCCAACGUCAUCUCACGUUAUGGAGUAAGACGAAUAUGUGCCGAAAUUCGGGUACUGUGGAAUAAACAACGCGCGCAAUCCACUCUACAACUCCAUAAGAGUAGAAAAGAUAGAGGGAUGAUCACAGCGCCGCCACCGGGCGAGUAUCGUAAUUAUUCGCCAUUAAUCCUCCACACUCUUCUGGGCUUUCAUGUCGACCUCUGAAUUCUUCGUCAAGCCUGAGUCGAGCCUCGUGGCAAGUUUCCGAAUUAAAAAGCCUCUAUUUUUAAUACUUUUCUACAUAAUGAUAAUGGUGUGAGCAUAUUAUGUAAAAAAUGUACAGAUAUUAACGGUAAGCGACGAGAACGGUUCCUAAUUGGCUUGUAGGAGAAAAUGUGCCAAAGAUACUGACAAUUUUGAACGUCGAUUAAAAAUAUUGGUCAAUUGCAGUUUGCGUUUACAGUCGAUAAAACAGGGCGUUGGAAACCACCCCCGGCCUACUUCACAGUUGUUUUCUACGUAUCCGUAUCAGUAUACGUGAACACUUUACGAAACGUUUGUAUCAGCGAUGAGCCAUUUAAUUUGUAACUAGAGGCGCUGUUUUACCGACCGAAUUCCAGGGAUUUCACCAAAUUCUUGUAUAUUUGAUAACCUGUGUACAAAACCCGUGUAAAUAAUAUUUCGAUGCAUUCGAUGACUUAUUCAAGUCACUUCAGCGAAAAGAAAGAGCAAUGAGUUCGGAGCCCUUUCUGCGCAUGCGCGUGUCGAGUCCUCAAGACGCCAUUUUUGUUAAAUAUUUAAUAUACAUAUUGAGAUAGUAUAUCUUGCCUGUAUAAAAUGCCGAAAGCACAUUAUACUAGUUUUUUGUUUA